AUGGGGUCAAAAUUAAUAGGACUUCAAGCGCUUAUUCUUAAUAAGAUUCAAUCAACAUAUUUUGAAAAUCUUCUCAAAUAUCUACUUGUCUUACCUCAUUUAUCUUCUUUAAUAGUUAAUUGUCAAGAUCAAGUUCAAAAUAAAACUAACCUUUAUAAACAAAUAUUUCGUUUACCCGCACUAAAAUAUUGUAAACUAUCGUUAGACGAUUCUAAUCAACCUGAACUAUUGCCAAUUGCAACGAAAGAAUUUAGUCCUAUUGAACAUUUCAUUUUAAACAGUACACAUGUUUUGAAUGAUCUUAAUAAUCUUUUAUCAUAUGUUCCUCAUCUUAAUCGGUUGUCGAUUUAUUCUCAAUAUUAUUCUCCUACUACACAAAUGCAAUUAUAUUCAGCAGUGUUAUCACAUUUGACGCAUGUGUCUCUCAAUCGCUUAGAUAUUCCUUUUGAUCAAUUAGAAUCCAUGAGUCGAUCUCUUUUGAAUCCCAUUCAAGUAUUACAUAUUUCCAAUUAUUCUAGUGCAGCUUAUUUAAAUGCUAAUCGAUGGCAAAGAUUGAUCUUAUCUCAUAUACCACAUUUACGAAUUUUUAAUAUUUUGAUUUCUUAUACUUUAAAUUGGGCUGAAAAUAUUGUCGAUUUUAUUACGAUGAUCAAUAAAUUCAAUUCUUUAUUUUGGUUCAAACGGCAAUGGUUUUUUGAGUAUUAUGUAGAUAAAAAACGAGAUCAAAAUUUUCUCAGUUUCUAUUCAACGAAUCCAUACAGGAGAAAACAAUAUAUAUUAUACGAAGAAAAAGACAAAAAUAUUCAUAUAAAUAAUCGAAAAACGAUAAUGAAUUUUGUUCAUCAAGUUGAAAUUCGAACUGAAAAAGUUAUGAUUAAUUUACAAAAAUAUUUUCCAAAUGUAACUGAACUCAUUAUAGUGUUUAGCUCUACUGAGCAAAGUGAUGAUGAACCAGCAUCUAUCGUUGAAGAAAAAGUAUUAACAAAGAUUGAUGCUUGCCAAUGUUCAGUAGGAAUUAAAUAUAAAGAAACUGUUUCAACAUAA